UCGCCUCUGUGCCUCCAGCCGCACAGCACGCACGCCGGCCGACAUGGAGCAUCCGCAGCCGCAGCCGCAGCAGGUGGAGCGCGCGCUGGCCAUGCCGACGCUGGCAACUCUCACGGGAAGGCCCCGGCUCGACAUCGACUUCACGGACAUCACGUACGCCGUCGGUGCCAGAGGUCAGAAGACGAUCCUACACGGCGUGACUGGCCGCUUCCGCAGCGGCCAGCUGACCGCCAUCAUGGGCUCCUCCGGUGCUGGCAAGAGCUCCCUCAUGGACAUUCUCACCGGCAACAGGCUGCGAGGCGUGACGGGCUCGGUGCUGGUGAACGGCAAGCCGCGCCACCUGGAGAGCUUCCGGCGGCUCUCCUGCUACGUCAUGCAGGAGGAUCUGCUCCAGCCGCACCUCACGCUCGUGGAGGCCAUGGUUGUCGCCGCCAGGCUCAAGCUGGGCAAGCAGCUCACAGAGUGCCAGAAGAAGGCUGUCGUGGACGAGGUCCUGAAUGUGCUGGGCCUCUCGGAGUGCCGUGACACAUUCACGGGAAAGUUGUCCGGCGGUCAGCGCAAGCGCUUCUCCAUCGCCCAGGAACUGGUCAGCAACCCUUCUGUCAUCUUCCUCGAUGAACCGACCACGGGCCUAGACCAGCUGGCAUGCUCGCAGUGCCUCCGUGUGCUGAAGAUGCUGGCCAGAGACGGUUGCAACGUCAUCUGCUCCAUACACCAGCCCAGUGCCUCUAUCUUCAAGCAGUUUGACGCGGUGUACUUAAUGACUAGAGGGCGCUGUGCAUAUCAAGGGACGGCACUGCAACUUGUUCCAUUUUUGGCCUCACUUGAAUUUCACUGCCCAACAACUUACAAUCCUGCUGACUAUGUUAUUGAGAUCCUCCAUGAGUGCACAGACGAAACUGUGAAUACCAUUUCAUCUGCAGUUCAAAAUGGAAAGUGCUUCAUUCAAGAACCGAGUGAUAAAAAAUUGGGUUCUUUCAUUGUUCAUAGAUUGUGUAUACCAUGGGAAACUGAUGCAGGAGAAAUAAAAACAUUGAAGCACACCACUACACCAUUCUGCAACCAAUUCUGGAUAUUAUUUCAGAGAAUGAUUCUUCAGUAUGUAAGAAACAAGUCAUUACUCGUGACAAUGCUUGCAACGUACAUCACUACUGGUCUCACAACAGGAAUGGUAUUCCUCCACUCUGGCAAUAGAGGUGACAGUGCAUUGGUUCAUCUCAACUUCAUGGCCACAUCUCUUGUAAUGGCAUGCUGUUGCCAGUUACUGCCACCAGCAAUUUUGUAUCCUUUUGAGCUUAAACUUGUGAAGCGAGAAUACAAAAAUGGAUGGUACUCAUUAAAUUCAUAUUUUGCUGCUGUCUUUAUUUCGAAACUUAUUUGUAUGCAUGCGUGGACAUUGGUGUUUGUCCCACUCUCCUAUUUACUCUCCAGCCAGCCUCUUGAAUGGUACAGGUUCCUGAUGUAUUCUUUGCUGUUUUUCCUAGUUUCUAUAGUUUCUGAGAGUUAUGGUCUUCUAAUAGGAACAGUAUUCCGCCCACAAAUAGGUGCAGUGAUCGGACCCUGUGUUAUAUCACCAGUUGUUGCCCUGUGGCAAUACAAUCUUGGUGUGUACCAUAAAAUAUCGCUUUUCAUGAAAAUAGUGACAAACAUGAGUUUCAUUCGUCUGGGAAUGAUAGGAAUGGUAAUAGCUAUGAUGAGAGACAGGAAGCCCAUGGACUGUAAUGUAAUGUUCUGUCCUUUCCAGUAUCCUCACGUGAUUCUCAGGAUGCUGAAUGCAGAAGAAGAGAGCAUUACUGUUCAAAUUCUUGGUUUAUUUGGAAUGUUCGUAGUACUUAGAGUCAUCUGGUAUCUCGUCAUUAGAUUGAGGCUAUCAUCUGAUUUCUACAACAUUUGGAUUAACUAUGCCUACAAGAUAUUCCGGUGACAUGACCAUCACAAUUGAAAAUGUAUUGAAUAUCUGAUUUCCUGAGUUCCAAUCUAGAAAACUAAUUUUGGCAGGAAGGUUGCAACAAGAGAGGGAACAAUUUAGACACCAAAAGUCACCUCAGUAUUGUUGUUUUAUUGCUUUCAUUGAUGAGUUAAAAAGGUGAUACCAUAGUUUGUGAGACAAUGAAAGUAACAGUAUUACAGGCGUGCUUCAGUUUGAUGACAUUGUUGGACUGAGCUGUUGAGGGAAAAUAUUACUUAUUUUCAUGUUUAAGUGUUCCGUGUAUGAUUACUACUUAAUUUACAUUCUAAUUUGUUGAAAGCCAAGAACUGCAUCAUUGUAUUAAUAAAACUGUUCAGUAAUCAGACAUGUAUUACAAUGUUAAAACCAAAUGUAUAAUAGAAUUAAUACGCUUUAUAGGAUUUAAAUUGAAUCUGAUACAGUAUAUCUUACAAAGAGAAGCUAAAUGUAGACUGAAGUUCAGUAAACUUUAAAUUAUGUAUUGUGAGUGCAACAGAUACAGACUUCGAAAGCAGUACACUAUGAAAUAAAAAAUGUACAGUAAAUAUUUCACUUUA